UCACCCGCUCACUCCAGCUGGAUGCCAAACAUCAGCUAUUAUUAGCACAGUGCGGCUUUACCUGGUGCGGGAUCUGUCCUAUAAACUGCUUCCCGGUGCGCAGCAGAGCUAAAUCACCCCUCGCUCUCCUGCGAGAUUCUGGACCAGACACUCACCCCUGGGCAUUAGGCCACUCCAAGGAGGACCGAAGUCCCACUGACUUUGUCUCAAGAGAUCCAGGCAGGGCCAAUGCCGUCUUCAGGCGUGAUACGAAAGGAGAGGGGACCAGCAGUGACCUGCUACUCCUGGCCCGGAGCCAUCGCUGGCCCAUGGCGACGGCAGGGUCCUGGAGGGGGCGGAGGGAGCACCAUGCUGCCCAGGAGGAGGCGGAGAGGAUUCUAGUGCUAGAAGAAAGCUGGAGGCCCUGGCCCAGAACACGCAGGACAAUCCGAGGCUGCCUGGAGUGUGUGAAGCGCCAGCUGUUCCGUGUCGGUGAUGACUGGUACUUCCUCUUUUUCCUGGGGGUGAUAAUGGCGCUGAUCAGUUUCGCCAUGGAUUUCACAGUCUCCAGGCUAUCGAAUGGUAACUAUUGGCCGGUUGUGAUCGCUUUCUCUCAGCUGAAUACUACGAAGGACCCCAGCCUCUACACACACAAGUGGCUUUACCAAGAGCUCGGGGAUCACUUACUGCUGAAGUACCUGUCCUGGACUAUGUACCCGAUUGCCCUGUCCGCCUUCUCCACUGGCUUCUCUCAGAGCAUCACUCCACACUCGGGAGGCUCUGGCAUCCCGGAGCUCAAGACCAUUCUCACCGGAGUCAUGCUGGAGGAGUACCUGGCCAUUAAAAACUUUGGAGCCAAAGUGGUGGGGCUGACCUGCACCCUCGCGUGUGGGAGCACCGUAUUCCUCGGCAAAGUCGGCCCCUUCGUGCACCUCUCCAGCAUGAUCGCAGCGUAUUUAGGAAAGAUCCGCACGUCUGUCGUUGGGGAGUAUGAGAACAAGAGCAAGCAGACGGAGAUGCUGGUGGCAGCCGCUGCUGUUGGAGUUGCAACCGUCUUCGGGGCUCCCAUUAGCGGGGUCCUGUUCAGCAUUGAGGUGAUGUCAUCCCACUUCGCGGUCAGGGACUAUUGGAGGGGCUUCUUCUCUGCCACCUGCGGAGCCUUCAUGUUCCGCCUGCUCGCCGUCUUCAACAGUGAACAAGAAACCAUCACUGCUCUAUUCAAGACCAAUUUUAAGAUUGAUUUCCCAUUUGAUCUCCCAGAGACCUUCUUCUUCAUGGUGCUCGGGGGGAUCUGUGGGAUUCUAAGCUGUGCGUAUCUCUUCUGUCAGCGCUGGCUCCUGGGCUACGUCCGGAGGAACACGGUCACCGCCAAGCUGCUGGCUACAGACAAGCCCAUUUAUUCCUCCCUGGUGGCCCUCCUGCUCGCCUCCAUCACAUUCCCUCCCAGCCUGGGGCACUUCAUGGCAUCCAGGCUCAGCAUGAAGGAGCACCUCACCUCCCUCUUCGACAACCAGACGUGGGGCCUUCUGUCCCAGAACGCAUCGCUGGCCAGGCCUCCUCAAGUCGACCCUGAAAACCUGUGGAUUGAGUGGUGGGAGCCCAGCAUCACCAUCUAUGGCAGCCUGGUGCUCUUCCUGGUGAUGAAGUUCUGGAUGCUGAUCUUGGCCACCACCAUGCCGAUGCCAGCUGGGUACUUCAUGCCGCUCUUUGUAUACGGUGCUGCAAUCGGGCGUUUGGUGGGGGAAGUGGUCGCCUUUCUCUUCCCUCAUGGUAUCCAGUCGGACGGCGUAGUUAACACCAUCACUCCGGGAGGCUACGCACUGGCCGGGGCGGCAGCAUUUUCAGGCUCGGUCACCCACACCCUGUCCACUGCCCUGCUGGCCUUCGAAGUGACCGGGCAGAUCGCCCAUAUCCUGCCCGUCAUCCUAGCCGUGCUGGUUGCCAACGCUAUAGCCCAGAAGUUCCAGCCCUCCUUCUACGACGGCACCAUCAUCGUGAAGAAGCUGCCCUAUCUGCCCCGGAUCAGGAGCCGACACAUUGGCUCCUACAGCGUGACCACGCGCCAGUUCAUGAACACCCACUUUGCAGUCCUGGCCAAGGGCGCCAGCUUUGAGGAGGUCCUCAGCGUCGUGACCUCUACCGACGACCUGGAGUACCCCAUUGUGGAGAGCACAGAGUCUUUGAUGCUGGUGGGCAUGGUGCAAAGAACUGAGCUGGUCAGGUACCUCCAGACCCACGAUGAAGCCAAGCCAUCCCCCCAGGAGCCAGGGGAGAAGCCUCGCUCCAGCGGGACGCUGGGGGAUGACUGCGCCAUCGAGCCAAUAACUCUCCAGCUGUCACCUUGGACAUCUCUGCACCAGGCUCACAACCUGUUUGAACUGCUGAACCUGCAGCGGGUCUUCGUCACGUCCUUGGGGCGGGUCGUCGGGGCCGUCUCUCGGAGCGAGAUGAAGAAGGCGAUUGAAGACCUGGCAAAUCCGAAGACAUUGAAGUGAGCGAUUCGGAGCCUGGGAGAGCAGCCCCUUCCCCCUCCUGUGCAGCGGAGCGUGGGACAGGGGAUCUCGCUGGGGCCCUGAGAUCUCAGCAGCAGGGGGGCGGUGCUGGCAGGCGUCUCCCCACUUAUUUUUUGUAAAUGGAAAUGGAUUUGAAAGCUCCCCCACCCUUCCUGCUCCCCCCGCAAGGAGCCACGGUUGUGAGAGCAGAGGCCACACCUGGACCUCUCUGGCCCGGGGACCCUGCCAGCCGCUGGCAGCCCUCGCCCACCCUGGAGACACGAUAACACAGAGCUACCCAGGGACAAACACCUUGGCCCACAGACUGUCAGCGCGGAGGGCAGGCCCAGGCUGCAGGGUCUAUUGCACUGUGAAAUGUGCAUGCGCCAUCCUGAAUUUAGUGCCUGCUGCCCUCUCGGGGCCGGGCCCAGGACUCUGCUACUUAGCAAGCCCUAGGAGAGAUGCUCCUUGAGCUCAAGGGGUCGGGGCUUGUGCUUCGGGCAGCGAAAGGGCCUGGCUCCUGCCGUGUACGUCUGGGUUUGGACCUGCCUGCGUUGAAUUCUCCUGUAACAUGACGUGCCGCCCUUACUGUGCAAUUGCUCCCUAACUGCAAGGGUGCAGGGUAAGCCAGGAACAGGGUCGCACGAGCCCCGAGGAGCCAGACCACCCCUUGCCUGUCCCCAGAGCAGCCAGGCUGUUGGGGGGGAUUCGGGGGGGGGGGCUCCUUUGAAAUCCCUUGUUCCCAGUCACGGCACGCAGUAAAUCAGAGACGAGGGCCAGCAGGGGCGGAGCUCUUGAUCCUUUGUAUUUCUCUGGGGACAGGGAACGCGGCGGGGAAAAGGCGUCACAGCCGUUGCAGCCCUCGGGGGACCCGCUCCCCUUGUCCCUGCUGAUGCAGGAAGCGUUGCCAAGGUGCACACAGUCUCCACGCAACAGUAGGAACCUGCUAGGUGACAAAACACACAGUGCCAGGCGUGAUGCCCGCUCUGCCGGCUGGGCAGCGGCUGGCUGAAGGGAGGUGGGCUUAGGAGCAGCCCUAAGGGGAGGCAGCGGCACCCAGCAGCAACAAUCAUUGCACGUGCCAGCCGCCUGCUUUACAGAAGCCCCCUGCACGGGAGGAGAUCCCGUGGGAUGCAGCCCCCGCCCUGAGCGAUGGGCGGGAACCUGCCAAAGGUGCCAGGCGUAGUGGUGCCAACAUACGAAGUCUUUUCAAUUAAAAUAUAACAUUUACCUGU